ACGCGUGGUAAUCCUCUCGACAAUGGCGCAGCAUGGCGCGACGGUCGUGUUCGCGUCGCGAGAUCUCGUUCGGACCAUCUUGUGCUACCAAGACGGAAUCUUCGACGAUUUGCGGCCGUACUUUCCCCCGACAGUGGCCCACGCGAAGCUCGUCGACGGUUGCUACUACCCUCGCAAUGCGACGGUGGCUGUCCUCCACUUGGCCAUUGCCAGGAACGACCGACACGUCGUUGAGCGCCUGCUACCAUGUCGUCCUACGAUGUUCACAGCCCAAGCGCUCGACCUGGCGGCGUCGUUUGGGCAUCUCGAACUCGUACGAGUCCUUCACAGGGCGAGUCCGGGCGGCGCCACGACGUCGGCCAUGGACAGCGCCGCGCAAAAUGGCCACUUGCACGUCGUCGAGUUCUUGCAUGCGCACCGUCAGGAAGGGUGCACCACGUAUGCGAUGAACUCUGCGAUUCGGGAAAACCACGUUGACGUCGUGCGCUUCCUCGCGAGCCACCGCACUGAAGGGUGCAGCGACGCGGCCAUCGGUCAUGCCGCUGCGACGGGGCAAUUGACGAUUCUUCGUCUUUUGCACGAGAGCAAAGUCACGGCAAGCACCUUUUCGAGUCAAACCAUGGACGUCGCUGCGGCAGCCGGGCACUUAAACGUGGUAAAGUUUUGCCACGAAGAGCGUACCGAGGGGUGUUCGGCCGACGCGAUGGACGAUGCCUGUCGCCGUGGGUUUCUCGACGUGGUGCGAUACUUGCACAAAGUUGGAAAACCCUGCACGACGAACGCCAUGGAUGAUGCGGCGGCGAAUGGCCAUUUGUUGAUUGUACAGUUCCUCCACGAACACCGCCGCGAGGGCUGCACGUCAGACGCCAUGGACCAGGCGGCGCGGAAUGGACAUUUGAACGUCGUGCAAUUUCUCCACCGCCAUCGAAAAGAACGGUGCACCGCUGAUGCCAUGAACGACGCCGCGUCCUUUGGCCAUUCCCAUGUCGUGGCAUUUCUCAAGAAGCACGUGGCACCCAUCUGUGACUUCCAUCGGGCGGCGAUCCUGGCUCGUCGCGGAGGACACGUAGAGAUAGCGCGAGAACUUGAGGAGCACCUACGAACAAGUCCACCACAGCUCAUGACUCCACGAUAAAAGAGGUCAGCUGUUCCAAUCAAACAGGCCUUUGCUUGCGAUGACCUCAUGCAUGCGCUGGCAGAUGAUCCGCUUGGCUGGCGAACGUGGCGUAGGCCAACUGCAUCGAAGCUUACAACUAGAGUAUGUGCUUCCCUGGGCGAACGCUGCUUGGAACUGGCAGCUCGCGAUAAUGUUCACCUUGCUCAUGCAUACGGCACCUGACCACAAAAUGUCAACCCAGCACUGUAGAGAUAAUUUGUGCCGUAGAAACCUAGCACCAAGACGAGGGGAGCUGCGGAGCAACUUCAGAGCAGUUCGGAACCAGCGCUACUCCAGUGCCACCAUGAGGACGGUAUAUGCUGUCGUAGGUAUCCCGCUUGCUGAGGUACUACACGCUGCCCUCGUCAACGUCAGCGUUGUUGGAGUUCCUGGCGUGUUCACAGCUCCUGCUGGACGCAUCUGUGGUGGCCGAUCGUUUUCCCUGCCCUUGGGCACCUGCCCUGGCCCUCAACUUCGACUUGAGAAUGGCUCGUGUUGCCAGCCGCUGCCGAAUCGACUCCCCAAGAUCGUCCUCGGGUGUAUCGCCUUGUUAUCGUCCGACGGCAGUUGCCUACUCCCAACUUUAGCUCCGUCGUCAAGCCAAGUCCUAGAAAUCUCGACACCCCCAGUCGCUUCAACAAUGCCAAGGCAAACUGACACCUUUUCACCAUUUUCGACUCCACCCUUUGGCGAUUCUACAAUCUCUGCGCCAAUGCCACGCCCCACAGAAGGAAAGUCUUCGAAUCGUUCCCUCUGGAUUGGCCUUGGCAUCACACUGUUGAUAGCUGGCGGGGCCAUCCUGGCUGUGGCGUGGCACUAUCGACGCAACGAUCGCCACAGCAGUCAGCCUCGCAUGAUGAGCUCUGCACGGUCGUGGGUUUCAUGCCGAACCCCUACGACAGGAGCUCCCGCAUUUCGUGUGGCUUGGAUUCGCUCCCACGAGCCAUCGUCGGGCAUGAAGUCUCCCACAAUUUGGUUUCAACACUGGAAGAAGGCUCGUG